AUGGACAGUCACCAGAGCGUUCCUCAAGCUCCACAACCUCAAGACGUCAGACCAACUCCUGACCAAGCUCAAGUGGUCACGCCUACAAUUGGAACUUGUGAUGUUCCUCACUAUGAUGGGCUUAGUUAUGGAAUCCAUCCACCUCCCAUUGAAGCCCACGCCUAUGAGAUCAAGCCAAGCUUGAUAAGGUUAAUUCAAAGCUCUAAGUUCUUGGGAAAUGGAUUGGAGAAUCCUUAUGAUCACUUGGACUACUUUGAGAGGUUGUGUGGCACAUUUAGGCGUUGCUGGUGUUCCUAA